AUGGAUCAUUACACAAAGCUGAAGCAGCAAGCAAAAGAACUUGAGGCUUUAUCUGCUGCUUUAAAAAGCAUCCAGAGGAAGGCCUCCCGACUUCAUGUGGCGAGUGCUACUCAAAUUACAGAUGCGUUUGAGUCAGUGAUGCGGGCCCUGGAGGUGCGCUGUGAAGCUGCUGAAAAGGAAAUGGAUAUGGAGGGGAGUUUAAGUUCACAAACCCUCAAGGCUGUCGACGGCGACUGCAAGACGCUGCUGCGGUACUUAAGAGCGAAGAAGCAGCAGCUGCAGCAGCUGCAGCAGCUGGGGGCCCGCAGCCCUGUCUUAGGUUUAAAUGCAUUUAAUGAUAUUGUCUCUACUUUUACUGCUCUGGAUGAGAAGACAGAUGUCCUCACAGAUAUGCAAGAGAGACUGCGAGUGCCUCACUGGCAGCUGCGGGCCUUAGACGUUCAUUCGCUAUUAGAAGAGAGACAGGAGGAGACAGCAGCAGCAGCAGAAGAUUUUCUGUCUCUUCGUUUGUCUCUAGACAGCGCCCCAGCAUUAAAUAGAGAGACAGAGAUAUAUCAAAAGGAGACAACAGCAAAGCCAGCACAACUUCAUAAACAACAAACCCUUAUUUACGCACCGUCUAUAGACCCUUACAGCAAACUCUUCCUACAAAAACCGCCGGACAAGUACCAGGCCUUCGUCAGGAAAGACCAGCUGCAUGCAGAGUGGGAGGUGCGCAUGGUGUCUCUUCGAGGAAAUUACCUGUGCGUACACUCCGAUGGAGACAAUGCUUUUUCUACUGUAGAGUCAGCGUUAUUAAUUAAUGAAGAGACAUUUGCGAGAAGCUUUAAAGAUGCUAGCAGCACAGCUCUUGCUGCUGCAGCAAGAAGAGACUACAGCUCCGGCUUUGAGGUGGUGAAGGUGAAUGUACAUCAGAAAGAAUUAGAAGGGUUUCUGCUGCUAGCAGCAGAAGGAGACAGCCUUGUUGAGGAGUGGGUAGCAGCAAUAGAGACACUUGCUGUACAGAAGAGACAGCAAGAUACACUGUCUCUACAAGCCCCAGCAUACAGUCCGCGACUGUCUCCUCGGGGACUGCACUUAGAAGCAGCAGAUUCUAUCUUCCCGCUGCAGCACAGACGAGCAGCAGGGUUGCUUCCUACUGGUAUACAAGACGAAGAACAACAGCAGCAGCAGCAAGACCAGCAGCAGCAGCAGCAGCAGCAGAGGAGGAGGGAUAGCGAUCAGUAUUAUGUCUCCUCUCUUAGCAGCGGAGACAGCUCGGAUAACGACGGCAUUCCUUAUAGGCCCAGGAGAAAGGAGACAGGUGCAUCUUCUUCUUUAAGUGAGUCUGAAGCUUCUACGUUAGAUGCAGAUGCAGCAGCAGCAGCAGCAGCAGAAGCAGAAGAGGUGCUUGAAGGGCUUGCUGCACCGGUUUAUCCUGCAGUAGGGAGAGAGGAGACAGAUAAAAACAGAGAGAGGCGUUUAGAGACUCAAGAGAGACGCAGCAGGAGACUAGCAGCAUCAGAGAGAUCUAAGGAGACACGUCAACAGCGCGCAGAAGAAAAAGGAGACAGCAGCGACAGCAGCAGCAGCAGCAACAACAGCAAAGGAAGAGACGCCAGCAUGCCUAGACCACCGCUUCGACAUGUACGAAAAGCCCCAGCAGAAGCAGCUGCUGCACCUUCAGCAGCAGCAGCAGCAGAUGAAGAUGAAGAUGAAGAUAACAACCCACCUCUUAGAACUCUACGCACAGGCAUUAGAAGAAAAGCAGUUAGACGCAUUGUAAGAGAAUUAGAGGCGAGGGCAUCGCCUGUCUCUAUCUCUCCUCCAUUGAAGCAGCAGCAGCAGCAGCAGCAGCACGAGAAGCAGCAGCAGCAGCAGCUGCAGCAGCAGAAGCAGAAGCACCACAGGCAGAAGCAGCACAAGCAGCAGCAGGAGAACCAGCAGCAGGAGAAGCAGCAGCAGGAGAAGCAGCAGCAAGAGAAGCAGCAGCAAGAGAAGCAGCAGCAGGAGAAGCAGCAGCAGCAGAAGCAGCAGCAGCAGGAGAAGCAGCAGCAGAAGCAGCAGCAGGAGAAGCAGCAGCAGCAGGAGAAGCAGCAGCAGGAGAAGCAACAGCAGCAGGAGAAGCAGCAGCAGCAGAAGCAGCAGCAGCAGGAGAAGCAGCAGCAGCAGAAACAGCAGCAGAAGGAGAAGCAGCAGCAGAAGCAGCAGCAGCAGGAGAAGCAGCAGCAGGAGAAGCAGCAGAAACAGCAGCAGCAGGAGGAGCAGAAGCAGCAGCAGGAGCAGCAGCUCCAGCAGCAGGAGCAAAAGCGGCAGCAGAAGCUGCAACAAGAGCAGCAGCAGCAACAGCGGCAGCAGAAGCUGCAGCAGGAGCAGCAGCAGCAACAGCGGCAGCAGAAGCAGCAGCAGGAGCAGCAGCAGAAGCAACAGCAGGAGCAGCAGCAGGAGCAGCAGCAGAAGCGGCAGCAGGAGCAGCAGCAGCAGCAGAAGCAGAAGCAGAAGCUGCUGCAGCAGCAGCCGCAGCAUAACCGCAGCCUCCCCGACAGCGACAUCGCCUCUUUGCCUGAGACAAAUACUGUUGAUUUUGUGCAUACACCUGAAGAGCAGUUCCAUAACACUCACACUUUUAAUACCAAACCCAGCAGCAGCAGCAGCAGCAGCAGCAGCAGCAGCAGCAGCAGCAGCAGCAGCAGCAGCAGGAGACACUUCAAAAGAGACCCUCAGCUGGGGGACUCCCCACCCGCAGAGCAGCAGAGGCGCAGGCAGCCGGAAGCAAGCCGAGCGGCAAGACCUUCUCCGACGCAUCCUGCUGUUGCUGCUGCUGCUGCUGAUGCUGCUGCUCCGGCGGCAGCAGCAGCAGCAAAAGCAACAGCAGCAGCAAAAGCAACAGCAGCAGCAGCAGCAAAAGCAACUGCAGCGGCAGCAGCAGCAAAAGCAACAGCAGCAGCAGCAGCAGCAAAAGCAACUGCAGCAGUAGCGAAAGCAAGAGCAGCAGCAGCAGCAAAAGCAACAGCAACACCAGCAGCAGCAGCAGCAGCAGAAUCGAUGCGGGAGCAUGUGCCUGUGGGGCCGGACCCGAAGAGAGGAGAGCCGUCUGCUGAGCACCCCAACCCCAGGGACUCUCUGGCAAGAAGCUCUGAUGAUCCACGGGUGGCUGAGGUGUCUGUACAGCUGGGGCGUCGGCGUUCGUAUAUUGCUGAUCUGCUGUCUCUUCCGAGGGAGAGAAGGAGACAAAGACAAACACAAAAGGAGACACCUGCAGAUUUCUUUGUAGUGCAGCUGCCGCCCAAGGCAUCGAUGCCCGCAUUCGAACUCCAUAGCCCUCCUGCUGCUGCUGCUGCUGCUGCUGCUGCUGCUCCCACUGCUGCUGCUGAUGAAGUUGAAGAUGCUGUCGCUGAAGCUGCUGCUGAAGCUGCUGCUGAAGCUGUGGUUGCUGCUGAAGCUGCAGCAGCAGCUGCUGCUGCUGCUGAAGCUGCAGAAGCACUUGCUGCUGCUGUUGAAGAGGAGUCAACCGAGCGUCUUCAAAGGAGACGGAGGAGACAGGAGGCACUCGGAAGGCAGCAGCAGCAGCAGCAGCAGCAGCUUGCUGCAGCAACCCCCAAGGCAAUCGUAGCUGCAGCAGCAAGGGGUGGGUCUCGUGAUCAGCAGCAAACGCGUCUUCUCCCUGUUGCAGCGCGGAGACGGGAGUACCCUCUAGAAGAGACAGCAAAAGGAGACAGUAGAGACAGCCCUGUAGCAGCAGGAGGAGACGCAUCAUUGAUUGCGGCAGCCAGAAGAGCAAUGCAGCAAAUCGGAAGCCUCCGCAUCAGCAGCAGCGCUGCUGCAGAUGACGGCCCGCCCCCCAGCAGCAGCAGCAGCAGCAGCAGCAGCAGCAACGGCAGCAGCAGCAACAGCAGCAGCAGCAACAGCAGCAGGAGGGCCACAGCAACAGACCGCGAAGAUGGAGGGAAAAAAGAAAGAGAUGCAGCGGGCAGCAGAUAA